AGCAGCUUUUAUUGCGUUUAAGCCCUGUCGUAGGCUGAUUUUUCUAGCAGUAUAGAUGAUUAAUAGUAAUACUUUCAUACUUUGCUGUACUAACUUUCCCCAUAACAAAUGCCAACGCGGCCGUCACACCUAAAGUUAACAAAAUAGCCCAACCCAGCCGGCCCGCUGGUCUGCCUGCGACCAGUGCGCCGGCCCCGCCCAUGGCCAGGACCGAAAACUCUGCCCAGGACAACGAGGAUCCCACCCCCAACGAUGACGCCUUGACGGCUGCGCCCUCACCCGUUUCGUCACAGCACUCUUUUCAGGACCUCGUGGUGCGCCGGAAGAGCGAGAAGGGACGGGAUGGAAAGAUCACCAAGCGUCUUACGGUCGCGGGCUAUGAGGUGCACCUGCAGAGGAUCCUGGGCAAAGGGUCAUACGGGAAGGUCUAUCUAGGUACACGGAUUGGAUGUAGUACCCGUUUUGCUUGUAAAACGAUGAAUAUCGCUGCGGCCCCAGCGAAUUUUGUCAAUAAAUUCCUGCCCCGGGAACUCGAAGUAAUGGCACGUCUGAGUCAUCCGAAUAUUGUUCGUGUCUACACAUACGUAAAGCAUCGUCACAUGUUUUACCUCUUUAUGGAUUAUUGCGCAAAUGGCGAUCUUUUGAAGUACCUGCAAAAGAAAGCCAGCAACGAAGAACGACUUAGCGAAAGCGAAGCUUGUGACAAAUUUGUGCAGAUCCUGAUGGGAAUUCAGUAUCUUCAUCAGCAGGAUAUUGCCCACCGUGAUCUCAAAUGCGAGAACAUCUUGAUUGACGGCGCCACACUGAAGAUCGCCGACUUCGGCUUCGCCCGCUUCGUCGCUGACUCUGCCCCUCGGCGCUCCAGCGGUCAUAUUGGGGGAUUGUCCAUCGAAGAGUUCCGCAAUUCGGAGGUGUCGGUAAUGCAGACCAGUGACCCCAAUGACUCACCGCGCUCUAGCAAUGCCGGUGCCUUUCACUCACAACUGGCGUUGUUGGAUCAGCUGAAAGCCGGUGAGAAGAAACGACGCCGCAAGCAGUCAGGAGAGUACGCUGCGGUUAAAUCCACGUCCUUUUGUGGGUCCGUGGCGUACGCUGCCCCGGAAGUGGUCGCGGGGGAAAAGUAUGAGCCGAAGAUCAGUGAUAUGUGGUCGUGCGGGGUCAUCUUGUAUAUUUUAAUGAUGGGUAAAAUGCCUUUUGACGACAGUCAUCCCAAGAAGAUGCUGCGUCGACAGCGCGCCAAACGUUAUUUGGAAAAAAUUCAAAAUAUUCUCCCCGAAACCGCUAUCCAUUUGAUCGAGUGCCUACUAAAUCCCAAGAUCGCAGAACGGUUUACUGUGGAGGAAGCUAUCGUACACCCAUUGAUCCGCAGUACGUACCGCGCCAAGUUGAAGCAGUUAAUUGGGCAUGAGAAGAGACAGUCUCGUGCCAGUCGCGGUCGUUUGCCGCGGACUGGUAGCGAUGUGAGCGGUGCCAGCAGCACGGACAACAGCAUGCACAGUCAGGAAUCCGAAAGCUCCCUUCAUUCCGCGGCAUCCACGACGUCAGUGAAUUCCGUGACAUCUGGGGUGAAUCUGCGAUUACGCCGGCCAGUGUAAUUUCUAGGGUCAUGUCUAAUUAUUGAUAGAUUAUAUAUGAAUAAUGAGUGCAAAAAUAACGAUCCAAGCGUAGGUGUAAGUAGGUAUACUUCUAUGGAUAUUGCAAUGAACCGUCAGUUAUAUCGUAUCAGUUUUACUGUGCUAUAUUUGUGCGAGCUGACGGGACUAAUAAACUACAGAAUGCUUCAAA